UGAUCCAGUGAUCCGGGCUUUGGCUGCAUUGUACCUAACAGCCAUUUAGCCCCACAGAGCUGUUUGUCUGUCUGUUGCUGUCUGUGUGUCUGUGAACAGGGAUAACGCUCAUCUGGGAACUCUGGGAAUAUCACAUCCAGUCAUGGAAUAUCUGGGAUUAGUUUUAUUUGCAUCCACGCCCGAGAAGUGACUCCAAAAUGUCGGUGUUUCCCGCUGUUUUCCAGUUUUCUCCUGGAUGUGACCGUGUGAUGGCUGCGGUCCAGUGAACUGGGAGCACGUUGACUGGUCUGCCCGUUCAAUCCACCAGUUUGGGAGCUUGUCUUAACUGUUAUCACUGGGAUUAUCGGGACCUAUGGAGUGUACAUGAAUACUGGUCGGGUAGGGAUUCCAAACGGGGUACCAGGCAGAGUGUUAACAUCCACCAGGCUGCGGGAGCAGUGAAAGCGGAGGCGAUGUGGGGAGCAGGGAGGAGGCGCGGGGUCCUGCCCUGAGGAGGCGUCCUGCGGCUGGGAGGAGCGCGGCCCUCCUGCGGCCCUCCUGCGGCGCUCCGGGACGCUCCUACUAAGAUGUCCCUCAGCAGCGGCCCUGCAGGCGGGAAAGGUGUGGACUCCAACGCGGUGGACACGUACGACAGUGGCGAUGAGUGGGAUAUCGGUGUUGGCAAUCUGAUCAUCGACCUGGACGCCGACUUGGAGAAGGACAAACUAGAGAUGUCUAGCAGUAAGGAGGGAGGGGGCAUGGCCGCCCCUCCCAGCGCUGUGGCUGCUUUACCUGACAAUAUAAAGUUCGUUAGUCCUGUAGCCGCCGCGCAGGGCAAAGAGAGCAAAUCCAAAUCCAAACGUAGUAAAAACUCUAAGGAGAGCGUUAAGGCCCCGGUCUCAGACGGCGCCAAGAAGGAGGUUCAAGGUCGGGCCCCUGGGGACCCGCCACCCCAGAACCCCAACUCCACCCCGACUAAGGGAACUGACAAGUCUAGUAAACCCUCGCGUACCCUCCCAGCUGUAAAAAAGGACAAGGACGGGGUGUCUGGGAAAACUAAGAAAGAGAAAAUGGAGGUUGUGGUUAACACUGAGAAAGAGUCCGGGGCCCCCAUCCUGCCUUUAGGGGCCCCUCGCAGCAGCCCGUUCGAGGGCCAACAAAACCCUGAGUUAGCUGCAGCCGAGCAGCUCGGAAAUAUGGCACUGGACUCGGCGGGGAUUGGCCAGCCUGUCGCCAUGACAACGGAGCAAGAGGAGGUGGACAACGGUGAAUGCCGAAACCUGAAGAAAGUCGUCGGCGGUGAGAAGAUGGAGUCUCCGGUCUCCACCCCCGCUCCUCCUCCUCUCCACCUUCUCGUUCCCGUCGCCAACAGCGACAUCUCGUCUCCCUGCGAGCAGAUCAUGGUUCGCACGCGCUCAGUAGCGGUGAACACGGCAGACGCAGCGCUCGCCACCGAACCGGAGUGUCUGGGACCCUGCGAGCCGGGAACCAGCGUCAACCUGGAAGGCAUCGUGUGGCAGGAGACCGAAGACGGCAUGCUGGUCGUCAACGUCACCUGGAGGAACAAGACGUACGUUGGAACCCUGCUGGACUGCACGAGACAUGACUGGGCCCCUCCGAGGUUCUGUGAUUCUCCCACCAGCGACGUGGAGAUGCGAAGCGGUCGCGGUCGGGGGAAGAGGAUGCGCCCCAGCAGCAACACGCCGCUGAACGACAACAGCAACUCCUCCGAUAACAAAGGCAGCGGCAGCAGCAAGACGCGCGGCGCCGCUGCAAAUAGCAAAGGACGGCGAGGCAGCCAGACGGCCGGCGGCGUGGAGGACGCCAAGGCCAGCCCGUCCUCCGCCAAGAGGAAGACCAAACCCGCCUCCGAUAUGGAGCCCACCUCCAGCUCUGAGGACACCAAGGCGUCCAAGCGCAUGAGAACCAACUCCACUGGCGCCGCGAAUCAACUUCCUGGAGGUAAAACCGACCCCCUGCCCCCUCCGCAGCUGGACCGGACCUGCCCCUCCCCCGUCCUCAUCGACUGCCCGCACCCCAACUGCAACAAGAAGUACAAGCACAUCAACGGGCUGAAGUACCACCAGGCCCGUUCCCAUAACGACCACGACGUCCGAUUGGACCAGGAUGGAGACAGUGAAUACGGGGAUGACCCUGCCCUCCAUCCUGACCCUGCCUCCUGCAACGGCGCCGCCAUCUCCCCUGCCCGCUCCACUACACCUAAAGGGCGGGGCUUCGACGCCCCGUCCCCCUCGUCGGGGAAGCUGGCGUCAAAGCAGGGGAAGAAGAAAGCUGGGGAGGCGGAGCCGGAGGUGACGGACGGCGGCGAGGAGGGGGCUUGUUUGACAGACGAGGCCAGCAACGACGGGAUGGACGACAGAAAGGCAAAGAAGAUGGCGGCCGGCGGCAAACCUGAUAAACUGACCCAGAAAGGCGUGAAGCCGGCCCGCCCCGUCGCCCCCGCCGCCCCCAGCGCCCCGUCACCCUACGCCCUGCAGGCGUCCUCCCCUGCUCUGGGCUCAGUGGUUCAGUCCGUCCCCAAGAGCCCCCAGCUGAAGAACAUCCAACCGAAACCCCCUCCGCUGGCCGACCCCGCCUCCAGCCCCGCCCUCGCCAAGGACAAGAAGAAGAAGGACAAGAAGAAGAGGGAGGGCGGGAAGGAGGGGGACAGUCCAAAGGCGAUGGGUAAGGGGGGGAGACCAGAGGAAGGGAAGAGCCCGUACUCGGAGGCGUCGGACGCUUUACUCAACGGCUCCACAGAAGCUCAUCAGAGCCGGCUGGCGAGCAUCAAGGCCGAGGCCGACAAGGUGUACAGCUUCUCCGAUAACGCGCCGAGCCCGUCCAUCGGCGUGGCCAGCAGGAUGGAGGCCGGCCUCGCUCCCCCGCUCCACCUCAACCAGAACGGAGCCGACAACGCGUCCGUCAAAACCAGCAGCCCCGCCUACUCCGACAUCUCCGACGCGGGCGAGGACGGAGAGGGGAAGGCGGAGGGCGUGAAGGUGAAGCCGGACCCUGACCAGGGUCCCCGCGAAGGGGCCAAGAAGGCGUUGUUUCCCCCUCAGGCUCCCAGUAAGGAAUCUCCGUACUACUCCAACUAUGACUCCUACUACUCCCCCAGCUACCCCAACCCCAGCCCGGGAGCCGCACCCGCAGCGCAGCCUCACGUGGAGGGAGCGCAGGUGAAGGUGAAGAAGGAGGAGGAGCCGGAGGUGGGGGAGGAGAUCAAACUGAAGGUGGAGCCUCAGGAGGAGAGGAAGGCGGAGCCCGGGCCUCAGCAGCCGUCGGUCAUCCAGCAGCGCUCCAACAUGUACACGCAGCCUCUGUACUACAACCAGUACUACGUCCCGCCCUACUCCUACUCACCUGACCAGGCCUACCACGCCCACCUGCUGGCCUCUAAUCCCGCCUACCGCCAGCAGUACGAGGAGCGGCAGCGGCAGGCCGACAAGAAGGCCGAAGGCAAAGAGCGGGAAGCUUGCGGGAAGGAGGAGUGGAAGCAGAAAGCCUCGGUGCCCCCCACCCUGUCCAGAGCCCCCAGCCUCACCGACCUGGCCGCUAAGGGGGGGCUAAACCCAGCCAAGCCCAAAGAGCCCCUGUCGGCUUCAGAGCAGGCCAAGUCUGUCAUCAUGGCGAAGGGAGAAGACCCCAAAACCCCCGCGGCCCAACCGGAGGGUCUGAAGAUGAAGCUGAGUGAAGCAGGACAUCAUGUGAAAGAGGAGCCCAAAGCGGGGGUGGAGUCAGGCCGGCCGUCAGGAGUAGAACCCGCCAUGUGGUACAGACAGGAGCCGGACUCGCGCCUGUGGCCCUACGUUUACCCCAACAAAUACUCAGAAGCCCCGAAACCCCAGGAGGAGGACAGGUGGAAGGAGGACAGGGAGAGAGAGCGCGACAGGAAGGGGAAGGAGGAGAGGCCGCGGCUGAAGGAGGGUCUCCAGAAAGAGGAGGCGAAGGAGGGAGCGGAGGGCAGGACGCAGCUGCCUCCUGAGGAGCACCGAGGGGGAGGGAAGGAGGCGCGGCCCCCCCACAUGCAGUUCUCCUCCCCGCUGGCCCAGCACCAGGGCUACAUGCCCUACAUGCACGGACCGUAUGCCUACAGUCAGGGCUACGAGCCCAGCCACCCCGGCUACAGAGGCAUGCCCUCCGUCAUGAUGCAGAACUACCCCGGCUCGUACCUGCAGGCCGGUUACUCCUUCCCCUCGUACGGAGGAAAGGUGGCGGCGGGCGAAGAGGGGGAGAAACCCUCCAGGUCCAGUCCGACGGUGAAGCCGCCCGGCGAGGCCAAAGCUCUGGACCUACUGCAGCAGCACGCCAGCCAGUACAAGAGCAAAUCCCCGUCCAUCCAAGACAACAAGACCCCGCACGAGCGGGAGAGAGACAGAGAGAGAGAGCGAGACCGGGAGAGAGAAGGCGACCGGCCGCGAUCCUCGCCGUCCCAACGCAUCCUGCCUUCCCAUCAUCACCUGGGAUACCCGCUGCUGUCGGGACAGUACGACCUGUCCUACGCCUCAGGUCUCUCCUCCUCAGCCAUCGUCGCCAGUCAGCAAGCGUCCGCCCCGUCCAUGUACCCCCCCGCACGGAGGUGAGAACGGCACACGUGAUUGGCUGACCUCCACCUGCCCGGAGUCAUGUGACUGGAUCACAUGAGGAAGCAUUUCUGUUUCGACAUCAGUUCAAUGGUGUUUGUGUACGUUUGAUUACUCUGCCUGGACGUCCAGCUAGCCGGCCGGCCGCUCCGCCCUCCUCGCCGGACCGCUGAGACUUCAGGAGGAUAGGAGGUCCUGCCGGUCCCGCUGGUUCUACUGGUUCUACUGGUUCUACUGGUUCCGGGUGGUACCGGCGGCGUUCGGCGGGCGGUUUUGGCUCACAGACUGAGGACAGAGUGGACUCGGCGGGUGGAGGCGCAGUGAGAUGCUCCUGGUGGUUGAAGCUGCUCUGUUGUUGUUGUUGAUGUUGUUGUUGUUGUGUUGGAGACGGGGGGGCAGAGCAGGGGGUGGGGUCGGACAGUUCGGGGCGUCGGGGGUGAGGGGGCGUUCACAGUCACGUUCUGCUGUGGCUGAAGAAGGACGGGACGGUCACUUCCUGUCUCUCUGAGCCACGCACUCAGUUGUUUUUGUUUUUUUUUAAUGGCACGUCCCGAUAUUUUUUUUUUCGUUUCAUCCUCACAUUACGGCGACGCCCUCUGCCCCCCCCCCCCCCAGACUAUAUCUGCGGUGACCUCUGACCUCUCUGAGAAGCGGCGACAGCAGCGCAGCACCCGGACGUCGUCACACCUUCACCUGGAAAUUAAAAAAAAAACAAACACUGUGGACGGAGGAGGACGGACCAAUCAGAGGGCAGCGUUAGGACUGAUGCUGCAUCCUCAGACUGACAGACUGGCUCCUCCUCCUCAGUGUGUAGCUGUACUGUACUCUGUGUAUGUAUGUAUGUGUGUGUGUGUGCGUGUGUGUGUGUGUGUGUGUGCGUGUGUGUAAAUACUGUACAGAGGAAUUAUUUUAAAGAGCCUGUUGGAUGCUGUUGGAUUUCCUACUCUUCUUUUUGUCUGGUAGCCUCUGCCUCUGUUUUUCUACUGUUGUUGAUCUGAUAUUAAACCUGUAGCUGGUGGAAACGGC